AUGGCUGCAACGGGAAGAAAAAAGGCCAGAGGGUUUUACUUGGGGCAUUAUAGUCAACUUGUCCGCCUCCUGCGCGACAUAAAUGUGGAGAAAUUGGACGGUUUCUGUGAGCCCAACAUCACGUUGUCAGACUACAUACCAGAUAGGACUGGUAUCCUCUCGGACCUCAAGCGGUCGCUUUGUGAACCUGAGCCUGAUGAACUUUUCAAGGAGUUACCACCGCUAGUGUUCGCUUCACAGGGCUACUCGGACAGUUUGCAACUAUCCAGAGACGUAAAUUACACAUCCCUGGAACUAGAUGUCGCCAAAACAGAAUCCCUGCUAAACCUUAAUCAAGACCUUCAAUCCCCGCAACGACCGUACUGGGUUACUGAGGACAAACUCAACAGUUUGAGGAAGGUGGCCAUUGGACUAUUGUCUAAAGAAACUUUGACUAGCAUCGCUUUUGGGUUUCUUAGUAAUAUUGUGGACGCUGGCACUCUGUUUUUGAACGAUGGUCCAUGCAAGAUGUGUUCAUACUUAACGUGCUGGAUCAAGCAGCUGAACCUGCAGGUGUUCAAGAAGCAGGAGUACGACUCCCUACUUUGCCGCCUCGACGAUAUGAGGCUCGAAGAUAUCUAUCACACGCUAAAGAACGAUUUCCAUUGGGACAUGGCAUUGCGAGAGCUAAUACUACCCCGCAACUACACGAAGUACGAACUAAACAAAUCCCUCAACGAGUUCCUGGAGCUAGUGAAACUGCAUCUCCUCGAAGACAUGCUGGCUGAUACAACCAAGCUGACUGACUGUCUGGCCCGAAAUGUCACGAGGAAUGCUUUCGGAAACGCUACCUUGUACGUAUCAAUCCUGUCAAAAACGGCCCGCCUCCUCCGAGCCCAAGUGCCCCACCUACAGGAAGUAGACGGCCUUACCUCGCUACCUUAUUUCAAAGAACUUGAAAUGGAAGUUGCACAUAACUUACACGUUUAUGCAUCUCCUAAGAAGUAUAUGGCAGAAUCGUUCGCGAAACAAUUGAGACAAGCUACAGACGAUCGUGUAGUUGAAGAUAUUGUGAAUGGUGAUUUUAAUUUACAAUUGCUUAUCGACAACAAGACUUCAAUAGAGAAAGUAGUGACCCUGCGCCAAAAUAGUUGGAAGAACAUUUGCGACGCGUACGAUUGCAAUAAAAUUGAUGACGUCAUAAGUAGUAAUGUCAACUACAGUCUGAUUAGAUCGGAACUGCUCUCACUGCAAACCAAAGAAUUCUGGAAAUUUAACUUCAUUUCUAACAUCCUUAAACGCAUAGAAGACCUACUGCACCAUAUGAGCAAACUGCUGGCCGUCGUAAGCAAGAUGGAUGUCCAAGGAGUCAUGGAAGGGAGACUUGCGUCUUUGAUUGACUUUGUGGUGACCGUUAUGUCUGAUGUUGUUAGCAGUGAUUUAUUGUUCAGCCUAGAGGGGUUAAUAACAGAUCUUCACCCGCUGCUAGAAGAUUCGUCGCUGGAACAUGAUAUGAAGGCGCUUGCGACCGGGCUGAACGUGAUGAAGCAGCUCAGGAACUACCUCGUCGAGAAAGAAGAUUUGAGAGUGGACAUAAACAAGUACUUUCCUCAACCUGAGCACGUGGAGCUCGGCCUGGAGCGGCUCGGCAUUAACAACACGAACUUCUGGUCGAUAGCUGCGCCCAGAAUUCAGGCUGGGUACAUCCACUUGAAACCAGUAUGUCCUCCAUACUCAUCAGCUCGAAAUUAA